AACUAAACUGAAAAUAUAUAGAGUGUAAUACGUUUUAGUGAAAACUGAUACAACCAAGCUAUUACACAACCAAAAUAUAAUUAUCCUCAACUUCUAUUUUUUCUGAACAAUAUCUUCCUGAUCAAUAUAGUCAAUCUGACAGGCACUAUCUUUUACAACGUUAAAGUACUUUAUUUUGUGGUGUUAUGUUUUGUUUGCACUUUUGCUUGUUCAGCUAUGCCCAUUAGUUUUAGUAGUAAUGAUUACUAAAACGUUUGGUAUUCUCUAAUAGCUUUUAGCUAUUAAUUGUUACAAGUUACUUUUUUUUUUUUGGAAAUAACACUUGAAUUUUCUAUCAUUAUUCAUUCAAAUGUAACACAUUGCACUGUUACACAGCUGUAGAACAAAGUCUCAUUGUUGAAGUUAAUUCACAGGCCAGAAACAAGAGGUGUUGAAGAAAGAGGUGUGUUUCUCUUCUGAUCAGCAAAGCCUAAAAAAGAUGAGUGAGAGCCAAUCAAAGAAGAGUAGUAAUGAUGUAAUAACGCCAUUCUGGUCGAGUGUUUCUGGGAGGACGAGAUCAAGAUGGGACGAGUAUGUCAAGAGCGUUGCCGAGUCACGUGGGAUGGCCCCAUCAAGUGGCUCGGUCAGUCCACGGAAAAGGAAGAUCGGCUCGUCAAGCCGUAAGAACGCAAGAAAAAGGAUCAGAGGAACUCAGACGAAACCCAAACGAGGAGGAGCUGGUAGCCACAGAAAUGGGAAUGGCAGCGAUGAUUCGGAUAGUGAUGAUUUCGUGAUUGAGAAGGUUAAUGUAACCGAGUUGUACAAGCAAAAGUUAGGUUCUUCUGCAGUCACUUCUCGGAAGGCUGUUGACAGCGUGCACUCUGUUGCUGCUUACAGAUACUCUUCUCCGGAAGAUGUCUGCCAUCGAGGAGUUUCAUUUGGAAAAGGUAAGAAAACUGAGGGUGUGAAUAGACGUUUUGCACCCAAUACCAGUAACUUUGCUGCUGCUGCUGUGAGCAAAAGCAUAACAGGGCCCUUUUCUCCGAGCAAUGCCGGGCCUUAUUCUAAUCAAGUGUCGCGGCACAAGUCCAGUUCCACUGCGGAAACAAGGAAUGACAUUGAGAAUACGGAUUCUGAAGAGGCUGAAAUCGAAAGACAUGCCAGGCCAAAGAAAAGUAAUUCUGCAAGGGGAGAAUUGAACACACCUUAUCCAAAGAAGAAGGUGGGAAGUGGAAGCACGAGGACACCCCCUGCCCAUUUUCGUGGAUUCUUCACUUCUCUUCAAGCCUCAUUACCAAAACGAAACAUAAUUGUGAUUGAAAGUGACAGCGAAGGUAGUGAUUCGGAAGAAGUAAGCAUAGAGAAAAUUAGUGAAACUGAAUUGAGCCGUCUGAAAGCACAUAGUAAGUCAAAGACGAGGCCAUCAACAGAGAAAAACUUGAGUGGAGACUCAGACCGAGACCGACCUGCUGGCUCGUUCAGCAAAAACAUUUUCUCUGCUCACAAGAAGAACAUUGAUGUGGAGCAAUGCAGAAACAAGACGAGGUGCUUGUCCAAGUCAGCACUGAAGGAAACAAAAAAAAUUGUCACCGUGAACGAUUUGUGUGGAUCGUCUACGUGCGGUGACGACAGCAGUGAUUCUGACGAGUCGUCAAGCUCGUUUUCAGAAUCAGGGUACAGUGAUGAAGUGGAGAAGGAGGUCCAGAAAAUCCCCGAACCAGAAUUCAAGAAAAUAGGGACGUUUAACAGACAGCAUCCUGCCAAGAAAGUCACCACCAGCUCAAGCAAAAGGAUACCCAAAACUGAUGAUAAGAAGAAUAAGGAAAAAAAGGGUGUUUGUGCUUCUGCUCACCCAGCCCGGAAGGCAAAGAACAAUGGGCGUUUGAAGGGAAAUAUUGAUGAUAAUGCUAGCAUCAGCAGCAGCACGCCGGCUCAAUCUACCAGCACCUUCUCGAGCAACGAUGUUUCUACGGACAAUGAAACCAGCUCAUGCGGUGCAGUGGACAAGACUGUUAAGGAAGGCAUCGCAGGCCGAACCCGGUCAAGGAUGACGGGGACUGCCACAAAGGCAUCGACAGUAGAAAUAUCUCCACCAGAUUCAGAAUCAUCAUCAUCAUCGGCCAGAAGUGAUUUUAAGGAUGAUGAUUCUAAAGUUGGUAGCAGCUUUACUCCAGACGGUGUUAAGUCAUGGCCAGAAAAAUCUGACAUGUGCCAUGUGGAAAAGAAGAGAGAGAUGAAAAAGAAUGCAUUAUCUCCUUCCCCAAAGAAUGAUGAUGAUGUUCACAGGAAGACCGAUGAUGUCGAGGCGAAAAAGAGGAAGCAAGUUUAUUCAGGACAUUAUGGCCUGUGCAGAAUGCUUGCAGAUUCUGUACUUGGAAGGGCAUCAAUGCCCGAGGAGAAGGAUAGUGAUGAUGAAGUUAAAGACACACCAGCUCGAACCACUCUCCCCUUGAAAUUCAGAUUUGAGGAUGAGGAUCUUGAAAAGGUGGAGAAAACAGAGUAUGAGAUAGACGAGCUGUUUGUGGAGUUAGACUUCCAUUGGUCGUUGCAAGAAUUGGGAUUGUUUGACCUCCCCAAGGAUGAUGAGGAAACAGGAAAGUCUUCUGCUGAUGAAACUAAACAUGCACGAUGCAGUAGAGGGAACCACGAGUUGGUCUUGAUUGAUGACCAAGGUUUGAUAUGCAUUUACUGUCGUCAUGUAGAGCUUGGCCCAAAAGAUGUAUUGCCUGAGUGGGUGAGUAUGCAAUCGGUACACCAGUCCAUCUCAAACAAUGCGUUAGAACAGCAAAUCAACUCAGUGAAUAAGGAACAUCUAGAAAAAACUGACCGGGAAUCUGCAAGGAAAAGGUUUCACAGCACAGAACACCUUGUUGGGUAUAAUGAUGAACUUGGCUUCAAAUCUUCAGACGGCACUUUGACCAAUCCCGGAAAUGCAGCCAACGGCACUGUCUGGAGCUUAAAACCUGGUGUCCAACAGACGAUGUACGAACAUCAGCAAGAAGGAUUUGAGUUCCUGUGGAAAAACCUAGCCGGAAGCAUCCACCUCAAGGAGCUGAAAAGCAGCACAACUCCCAGUGAAGUCGGUGGCUGCAUCAUCUCUCAUGCUCCGGGCACCGGAAAAACCCGUCUCACCAUAGUCUUCAUCGAGACCUACAUGAAGCUAUUCCCAAACUGCCGGCCCAUGAUAAUCGCCCCAGCCAGCAUGCUCCUCACCUGGGAAGAAGAGUUCCGGAAAUGGAAUGUGGAGUUCCCUUUCCUCAACUUCAAUGUGGAUGCGCUGGACGAGGAGAGCAAGGCCACCUUCGGGCUUCUCAAACGCAGGAGUACAAAGACGAUCCGCAUGGUCAACCUCUACUCGUGGAACAGGGGUGGGAGUAUCCUCGGCAUCAGCUACAGCUUGUUCGAGAAGCUGACGAAACAGACAGCUGGCAACGACGGUGACGUGAGGAAUAUCCUCCUCAAGAAACCUGGGCUCGUGAUCCUCGAUGAGGGCCACACACCCCGCAACCAGAGGAGCAACAUCUGGAAUGUCCUCCUCAAGCUCCGCACUCAGAAACGGGUCAUUCUCUCCGGGACCCCCUUUCAGAACAACUUUGCUGAGCUCUUCAACACUCUGCGCAUAGUUCGUCCGGCAAUGGCCGAUUCCCUCGAAGAACAGAUGAACGUGUCCAGAAGAAAAUAUCCUCAAUCCACGUGUAAGGUCGACGACAAUGCCGUGCAGAGGUUGAAAGUCUCGAUGGCACCUUUUGUUCACGUGCACAAGGGCACCAUCCUCCAGCAGAGCCUGCCCGGUCUACGGGACUGUGUCGUCGUCCUCAAACCCCCACCCCUGCAAAAAAGCCUAAUCGAGCGGCUCGAGGGCACACCCAGCACUUUCGAGUUCGAGCACAAAGCCGCUUUACUUUCCGUGCACCCGUAUCUCUUCCACCACUCAGUCUCAGAGGAAAGGAUCAUCGGGGUCGACCUCGAGGCUUCCCGGCUCAAUCCGAACGAGGGCGUGAAGACGAAAUUCAUCCUCGAGUUUGUUCGGCUCAGCAUGGCCAUGAAGGAGAAGGUGCUAAUAUUCAGCCAGUACAUCCAACCGCUCGAGCUCAUAAAGGAUCAGCUGAAAGAAAUCUUCAGGUGGGCAGAGGGGAAAGAGAUUUUGCAGAUGCAAGGGAAGCUCGACCAGAAACAUCGGCAGGUACUCAUAAACCUGUUCAACGACGAGCAAAACGAGUCAAAGGUAAUGCUGGCUUCAACAAGGUGCUGUUCGGAGGGGAUAAGUCUGGUGGGGGCCUCGAGGGUGAUCCUGCUGGACGUCGUCUGGAACCCGUCCGUCGAGAUUCAGGCAAUAAGCCGCGCAUACAGGAUUGGGCAGAAGAAGUUUGUGUACACCUAUCAUUUGAUGACUUCUGGGACAACUGAGGCCGACAAGUACUGCAGGCAGGCCGAGAAGGAGCGGCUCUCAGAGCUGGUGUUCACAUCGUCCUCAAACGAGGGGGACCGCCGCAACAAGCUUCCUGUGGCCGGGAUUGAGGACAGGAUUCUUGAGGUGAUGGUUGAUCAUGAGAAUCUAAAGGACAUGUUUGACAAGAUCAUUAACCAGCCCAAGGACACAAACCUGAUUCAGACUUUUGGACUCGCAUCCUCAUAAAUAAUUUUCAGAUAUAUUCAUUCACUUACUUGUCCUUCCGGAAUUCUGGAAGUUGUGUAUGUUUCAGGGCAUCGAUUGAUGCAGUUGUUUGUAUCUGUUUGAGUGAAGAAUUAAUCUGUUUUCUUGGUUUCUUGUAGCUGUUUAAAGAAAUAAUUUUUUUAAGGGAUUCCCAGUCCAUGCUAUGCUCUGAGCAAUUCAAGAUCUAUGGGUUUUCUGUUCUGCA